GGGCGAUCGUUGCAGCCCAGUUUGAUAUCUGAACACAAUGAGAGUCUUGUGGCUUUUGAUCGGCGUCGUCGGGCUGGUCUCGGUCCCCGGGGCCGAAUCUACCAUAGGCCUGCUGGGGGCUGCGCUCCCCGUGGCUGCAAUCAAGACUGCCCCCGCAAUUGCAGCUAUUGGAGGCCUCUCGGCUGUCAAGAUCCUGAAGGUGAUCGGCUUGGCAGCACUCAAGAACAAGGUGGCCAACGGGAUCGCAGACGCCUUCGACAACGGAGACGAAUACGACGACUACUACUCCAGGGAGUCUGGCUACUAUGCACCUCCGCCCCUAAGCCACGGACCCCCUAGUUUUUACAUCGUCCCUUCGGAUUACUUCGACAGGCGGCGGGGGAAGAGGGAGGCCCAGGGCGAAGAGAGACCGGCUGAGACGGUCAAAGAAGUCGAUUACUUCAACGUGACCGCCACCCUUGACACCGACGGCUGCGCGCAGAGGCUGGUUUGCGAGCUCGCCCAGAAACCCAGGGACGAACUCAAGGAAGACGAACGCGCCAUCAUGUUCAGCUUCAGCACCGAAGUGGCACCCGCGCCCUCUACUAUUCGAAGCUCGAAGGGCGUCUUCGACUACGCCGCUUGGUUGGGCAGAAACUCGGCUCACAACUCCAAGGCGUGCGAGACCUUCUACAAGCAGUGCCAGUCUAACUCCCAGGAGAUAAUGGAGGCCUUCAGACUCAUAGAAGCCAAGGAGGUCGUCGGCGACAACCAGGAGGUUUCGAAGGAGUAAAACCAGGCGACUGAAUCAUCAUCUUGUCACGACCUGAGGCGAGAUUCCACCUGGGUUUAGGCGGGGGCGAGAUGGAACGGGCAUUGGAGAAUGUUUUUAUUUGGGAUUUUUUUUUUUCAGUGUUUUCGUUUUUUUUAUUGCCUCGAGUGUUGUUUUCCAAGUGGAUCAGACGAGGCCAAGGUGGUUCAGUACACAGGUCAAUUCAUAAAAGUGAUUCUUUGCUGUGUUUUCAAGAAAAGUUCUCGGUUUGAUGUCUCCUGCAUUAUUGGAACUCGAUACUGAAUGGGCAUUGUGUCAAAUUCUAAACUGGGAAUAUUAACUUAAAGAGUUUUCCAGUUAACUUUUUUUUGUAUAGUUUACUGUCCUUAGCAAGUAGUUAAAAUAAUUUUUCUCUCAAUGUAUUUCUCUUAAGAGCACUUGACAGUUCCUACAGGUCAGUUGAAUUCAUAAUAACAGAAAUACCUCAGGUAAAGGAGAAGAACUUUUUUUUUUUUUUUUUCCUCUUAGUUUAACUUUGGUUAGCGAUUUGGAAUGGCAGAAAAUGUCGUUGCCACAGAAAACGGAUUAUUCGAGUUUUUCGACUCGGCGUGGUGUAAGUUACCAGCUAUGGGACGAAGCACAUCCGUAUAUGGAGGCUUCUUUUUUUGUAAUGGUUUUUUGUUAGUCUCUAGUACAUUCUGAACCUUCUCUAGUAUUUUCUUAGUCUUUUCCAGGACUUUCCAAGUCUUUUCCAGGACUUUCCAAGUCUUUUCCAGGACUUUCCAAGUCUUGUCCAGGGCUUUCCAAGUCUUUUCCAGGACUUUCCAAGUCUUUUCCAGG